AUGGAAUUUGAUAUCAAGAAGUGUGGAGUGAUGAAUUUUGGGAAGAGCAGUAUGAGACCAGUGUACAGAUAUAAGAUGGGGGAUGAGGAAUUGGAAAUAAAGACUGAAGAGAGAGAUCUGGGAAUAACUGUGAUGGAGGGGCUCUCAUCAGAGGUUCAUGUAAAGAGGAAAUCUGGUGAAGCAUACAAUUUAGUAAGGAACAUAAGAACUGCAUUCUGUUACAUGGAUGAAGAGAUGAUCAAGAAGUUGAUUGUUACAAUGAUUAAGCCCAGGUUGGAGUAUGCAGUGGUACUUUGGUCUCCAAGAAUGGAAAGGGAUAAGAGGAAGCUGGAAUGCAUGCAGAGGGCUGUGACGAAGCUGCUCCAAACCUUGGUGAAUCUGUCUUAUGAGCAGAAACUGGAAAAAUUGAGUCUGCUGACACUAGAAAAAAGAAGGGAGAGAGGAGACCUUAUCACUAUGUAUAGGAUUCUGUCUGGCAUUGAGAAGUUGGACCGUGAUGAUCUGGUGGUCAGGGAUAUGAGAAAUCUUGUUAAUAUCUUUCAGCAAUUCCCUACAAUCUUUGAUGUUCCUUACUACUCUCAAAAGCUUUGCAUCAUUUGCAAAAACAAAUUUAUUGUCCAUUCUGACUCAUGCAGGGAUUACAAUUUACUGUCCCUACUGGAAAAAACAAAAUUAUUUGCAUUUUUUCUCCAGAACAUUGAUGCCAAAAUGGUGGAGAUGAUCAUGAAUGAAAUUAUGGACAGUGGACCAGAUGUGACAUGGGAUGACAUAGCUGGUUUAAAACUAGCUAAAAGCACUAUCAAGGAAAUUGUAGUGUGGCCAAUGCUGCGUCCUGACAUCUUCACUGGACUGCGAGGUCCACCUAAGGGUUUGCUGCUUUUCGGUCCUCCAGGCACAGGGAAGACAAUGAUUGGUAAAUGUAUUGCCUGUCAGAGUGGCUCAACAUUUUUCAGUAUCAGUGCAUCAUCUCUUACCUCUAAGUGGGUAGGUGAAGGAGAGAAGAUGGUGAGAGCUAUGUUUGCUGUGGCAAGGUGCCACCAGCCAGCAGUCAUCUUCAUUGAUGAAAUAGAUUCUCUCCUUACCCAGCGUUCGGACUCGGAACAUGAAAGUUCAAGGCGCAUUAAAACAGAAUUCCUUGUUCAACUCGAUGGAGCUACAACAGAUAAUGAAGAAAGACUGUUAGUAGUGGGAGCAACUAAUCGUCCUCAAGAACUAGAUGAAGCUGCUCGAAGAAGACUAGUCAAGAAACUGUACAUUCCUUUGCCAGAUCAUCAGGCUCGACAACAAAUCACAGAGAAACUGAUGGUAAGCCAGAGCCAUUCAUUAAUGCCAGAUGAUAUUGAUCAUAUCUGUAAGUUGACUGAAGGCUAUUCAGGGGCAGACAUGGCCAACCUGUGUCGGGAAGCUGCACUCGGGCCCAUUCGAUCAAUCAGUUUUGAUGACAUCCAUCAUAUAUCAGUAGAGCAGGUACGGCCCAUAACACUGGAUGACUUUGUGCAGGCCCUGAGCUGCAUUAAAGCCAGUGUGUCUGAUAAGGACCUUCACAUGUAUGUGGAAUGGAAUAAGAAGUUUGGAAUUUCUUCAAGAUAGUAUAGUACUGUUGAUGAAGUUAUUUUUGUUCUGUUAAUGUUCUAACAAUAGGUGAUGUUUCAUUAGAAUAGAGAGGAUUAUCUAAUUUUUUUAAGUGAAUACUAUUUUCUGUAAAUUUUUUAAUGAAUAUGUUAUGUCUAUCAGUCUUGGAUAAUAAGUACAAAUUUCUUACUGAAAAUAAAGAUGGCAAUUA